ACGGGUAGGAGUGUGUGCAUGAGUGUAAGAGACACUUAUUCUCUUAACUACUUGGAGACAGACACACUUUCCUGGCCCGACUCAAAGAACGAGAGGGGGAAAAACAGGAGGAAGAUUUUUUUUUCUUUUUUUUUGUCAAAUAUUUUAAUUUCCCCUUCAUUCAACAAUUAAGCUGCUCCAGAAGCUCUUCAUCCUGGAAACUCUUCUUCACUGCCUAUUGCAAGUUCUGUGUAUUGAUCCACUUACACACACUUGACAAGGCUUACCUCAUGGAUUUGUAUCUGAUUGGAUAUUUGCUGUGUGUGUGGUUGUCCAGCUCACGGGUGCUCGGGGGCUAUCCCAUCUGGUGGUCCCUGGCCCUGGGGCAGCAGUACUCGUCGCUGGGCUCCCAACCCCUCCUGUGUGGCUCCAUCCCUGGCUUGGUGGCCAAGCAGCUUCGCUUCUGUCGUAACUACAUCGAGAUCAUGCCCAGUGUUGCUGAGGGUGUCAAACUGGGUAUCCAGGAAUGUCAGCACCAGUUCAGAGGCCGCCGGUGGAACUGUACCACCAUAAAGGACAACCUGGCCAUCUUCGGACCAGUGCUGGACAAAGCUACGAGAGAGUCUGCGUUCGUCCAUGCCAUAGCCUCUGCUGGUGUUGCCUUCGCAGUGACCCGAUCCUGCGCCGAGGGCACAUCCACCAUGUGCGGCUGCGACUCGCACCACAAGGGGCCGCCGGGCGAGGGCUGGAAGUGGGGCGGCUGCAGCGAGGACGCGGAGUUCGGGGUGCUGGUGUCAAGGGAAUUUGCAGAUGCCAGAGAGAACAGACCGGAUGCUCGCUCUGCAAUGAACCGGCACAACAACGAGGCCGGACGCACAACCAUCCUCGACCACAUGCACCUGCGCUGUAAAUGUCACGGCCUUUCUGGAAGCUGCGAGGUGAAGACCUGUUGGUGGGCGCAGCCGGAUUUCCGCACGCUGGGUGACUACCUGAAGGACAAGUACGACAGCGCCUCAGAGAUGGUGGUGGAGAAGCACCGUGAGUCACGGGGUUGGGUGGAGACCCUCCGAGUGAAGUACAACUUCUUCAAGCACCCCACCGAGCGCGAUCUGGUUUACUACGAGGGCUCGCCCAACUUCUGCGAGCCCAACCCAGAAACGGGAUCGUUCGGGACGCGCGACCGCGUCUGCAACGUGUCGUCGCAUGGCAUCGAGGGAUGUGACCUCCUAUGCUGCGGCCGGGGCCACAACACCCGGACUGAGAAGCGCAAGGAGAAAUGCCACUGCAUCUUCCACUGGUGCUGCUACGUCAGCUGCCAGGAGUGUGUGCGUGUCUAUGAUGUACACACAUGCAAAUAAGAGGCCUGUACUUUAAGGCAAACUGACUGCUGGACCUUCCACCCUAACCCCCGUGUCCUGCACGACUUCCCUGCAGACGCAAACACAUUCUGCAUACCGGUCAAUAACCCACUCACACAAACUUAGGCUGUAACGUAUGGAACCAAGCCAGGGUCAGGUACAACAAUAAAAACAGAGAUUAGGUCAGUUUAGUUCAGUAAUUCCUUGGGUUCACUGAUUUACAGUAACCCUGGUGUUUAUAUACACCAGCUGUACAACUGGAGUUAAAAAAUUGUCAACAUCUUGCAACAUUCAGAUGCAAUAUUCAUCCGUCAGCGCUAUUAACAGUACAGUCAUUAAAUCACUUUGGACGUAUCAGACACUUACACUUUCUGUUAACAUUGUCACAGGAAAUGGAGGCCUACCACUGAAAUAUUUUUAAACUAUGUUGAACCAUUUGGAUGAAUGAAUAAAUGAAAUCAUUAUCAGAAAAUCUAUCACAUUUACUCUAAAAGUCAGUACUUUUAGAGUAUUUACUUCUAAACACUAAAAGUGUUUAGAGUAUUUAGAGAUAUUUGGUUGAUCUAAGUUAUUUAAACAUGACAAAUUGAAGAAAUAUGUAAGGCAGCAAAUAUUUCUCCACUUCAGUUUUUGUACAUUGAACAGUACACAUACUUAUAAUAAGGCAGUUAAAUAAUAACAUGGUACAACAUCUUGAAUCACUUUAUGAUUACAGUUUUUAAUCUUUGAAACACUUAUGGCAAUAACCUGACAUCAAGAUCCCAACAUUAGGAACCUGUGACCUAAAGACUCAGCAAACCCUAACAUACUUUAUUUCCUCAUCUGAGGAACACGUCCCAUUUAAUCUCUGUUUUUACUUUGACACCUGACACUCGCAGGGCUCCGUAAUGGAUAGUUAAAGGUAAAUCAGAAACAGCAACACAACUUAGUCCUUAUAACCCCUGCACUGGACUACCUGAAAAACUUCGCCCGCACUCAUGGGAAGCAGUUGUGCCACUUUCAGCGCCCUCUCCCCCGUGUCUUUAUUUAUUUCCCUCCUCUAUGCCAACAUGAUGUUUGUGGCAUGUAUAGAAACACAUAAUGCAGUAAAACACACCCUUCUUCCCAACCUACACCUCACUUCUCCAGCUUUUACAUACAUCUAAAACUAACAUGACAUCCUAUCUGUUACUCUUCUGCAGCCCAAAUGUCACUUUUUAACUACUGAACUGAAAACAGUAGGCAGACGCUGACGGUGCAACAGUCCUGUCUAUUGUAAACUACUGAGCUCAUUGAGUCCACUGGACCAGUCAACUACGAAUUCUGGAAGAUAUAUAUAGAUAUAUAUAUACACGCUACAGUGUGAGGUUUAUAGCCCUGCAUUUCUGAAUUAUGGCCAUCAGGAUGGGACUGAAGGUAUGCAGGAGGGCGCGUGCACAUUACUCUCACCAACAUCCCCACAUGGGUUUAUGUAUGCACUAUUCCAACAACUCUAGGUGGGAAUACAAAAAUUAAAAAAAAAAAGUCUGCAAAGUUCUUAUGAAUGAUAGCUUUGUUGCACUUUUCCGAGGGCGAGUUUGGCCUUUGAACUGCUCACGAAUCCAUGCAUCAUACUUGAGUCGAGCUUUAGCGCGUUUGAUUACGGUUCGUCGGGUUCAUCAUAAAGAUUUGUGUCUAAAAAUAAACCUGAUUCAGUAAAAACAAGAGGACAUGUGAUGACACGUGGAGACCAAGGAUUAGCCUCUGAUUGGCUGUCACGUCUCUCCAAGCAUUCCUCCAUGUUUUUCCCGUCCUGAAGCAUUCAACGGGUCUGAUUUAUGGAGCUGUAUUCUUGUCCUUGCUUCCCCCCCCCAAAAAAAAACAUGCCCGCCGCACCGUCGUGGUAACGCUGAGGGAGCAUGCAGGAGUUCAGCAGAGGAAUGCAUUUUAACUAAGGUUACAUUCGGAGAUCACUAAGGGAAAAUGAGGUCAUUUGUGCGGGAAAAGAUAAAAAUAAAUCAUUUUGUGAUGGUUCCUCAUGCUUCUUAUAAAUUAUACCCACCCUGUAUAGGCAGUCCUCUCUGUGUGACAUAGCUUAGCAUAUUUGUGUCAUCUUCUACCUGGAUGUACCUUUCCACUAUCCAACAUCCUGAUUUUACCCCCCCCCUGCUAUAUCCAAAGUUUUGUACAAAUGUUUUAAAGUGAAUAAUUCCCUUUUUAUUUUAUAAUCGUAAAUGUUAUGUUUUUAUAAAUAUUAUUUAUUAUACAAUGUAUAUAUCUGUAUGACUGAACUAAGAUUAUAUAUUUGAAGAAGAAAAAUCAGUCUGUCUUGUGUUUCUUGAUGUUUCCAUCGUCAGAUCAAUACCUUCACUUGUCAAGUUGAUACUGGUGUAUUUUUUGUAAUUUUUUAACUCAAUGACGGGGCAUUUUUCAAACUAGGACAGUAUUUCAUGGGUUCCCACACAGUUUUAAGUAUGGGGGAAAAAUUAUGUUUAAAUAUUAGCAACUUUUAUUCCUACUUUUCUUGUCUACAUGAUAAAUAUUUGAAAUUAUAAAAGAACAUUACUCUAAUCAGAAGGUUUUUUGUGCUGGUAAUUAAAUAAACAUUGCACAUACAGUGUUGUAUCCAUCCAUCCACCCGUUCCAUUCAUCUAGCCUUCCUCACGGUGUGUGGUUUUGCAGAACAAUGUGGAAAUGUCUAAAAUCUGUAUGCAAUCUUUGAUACUAUAAACACAGACAAUGAUUCAAAAGCUGACUGAGGACUCUGGAGGUUAGAAAAGUGUGGGACGCUUACUUGGAAAAUGCGUUGGAACCCUGUAUUUUAUUGAUUUACAUCCAAUUUGCUGUCCUUCAUGUUUUGAGGUCCAUUCUCACUGGAGCUUACAAUUCUGAAAACUGAGCCGCAGGCGAUGAAACAACACGUUCCUCAGUUCUAAUAAAACCAGAAGAAAUGUAAGCAGCAGGACUCACGGCACUGCAAGACUUCGAAACUUUUCUCUUGGUUGCAACAAAUUCUGCAUUCUAACUAAGCCUGUAAUUGUCUUCCAGAAGUUAAAGUAACCUCUUAUAUUAAGGCAGUAGCUUUGACAGUUUCCCGUUUUAAAUCACAGAUGGGCAGAAAAACAAAACCAAGAAGGAAAGACAAUCCCCAACAAAAUGCUGCUCUGGGCAGUUGCCCAUAUCAGAAAGCAUCACCAGUAUGAGCUACAUUAUGAAAGGGCAUCACACAAAAUGUUCUUUAAAAGCAAAAUUCAUGAAAAUGAAGAACGUUAGGGAGUUUGAAUAAUUUGCAAUGUUUUGCACAAACAAUGCUGCGCAGAAGUGAGAGAAAUA